GCAAGCAGCAACCCUUAAAAGAACGAAACAGCGAAAUGUCAAAAUGUGAAGGAAUAACCAUUUUGCAAGCUUGAAGAAUACUAAUAAAAUUAAAUGAGUUUUAUUUAAACAAUUUAGAGGGAUAUAUAUGCAAGGAUAAUUAUAUCCAUUUGUUAAAAAAUGGAGUGUGAUUAAGUUCUAUAAUGGUAACAUUUAUGCCCAAACCUUGUGUAAAGUUGUGCGUCGAAUAUAAUAUGUUCUAAACAUUUUUCAUUUUGGUUUAAAGUGCUUUGUUAAAAUUUAUGUAUCAAGUAAAUAGCUAAAAAGGCUGUGAUGAAGUUGGCAAUGGUUUGUUUUAUUUUUAACUGAAUGCCUGUGAUUGUCGAAAUUGAUUGCAAACUACAUUUGAAAGGGAUUAACAAACAUAUUUAUGCACAUAUGUAUAUAUGUAUCGAUUCAUAAUACAGUGCAUUUUUACCCGGCGGAAGUUUCUCAAUUUUAAAGCAGCGAUAACAAAGACGAAUUAAAAAACUCCUUGAAAAUCAACAUAUUGUGAGCAUAAAGACAUAAGAAUACAAAAAAUAUAAAUGUAUGUAUAUAUGCAUAAAUCAUUUGUAAAAUAGAUGUAUUAUGUCUCGGACUGCAUGAAUGAGUAAUAAGGCAAAACGUUUAGCCUUAAACUUUGUCCCAUUCCUGUUAUCACUGAGUCAUUAAUUCUUGCACUCGAAACUAUAAAAGGAAAUAAUUGCAAAGCUUGUUGCUUACGAAUUUGAGCAACAAACUGUAGGCUUCGAACGCAACGCUGGGAAAAAUUAUGAACUUGUGUUCUUCAGCCGGCGCUACAGCAUCAUCAUCCUCUUUGGCAUCGGAAGACGCGGCUACAGUAGAAACCACUAACGUUAGCGGGAAGAACGGUGGUGGUGGCGUGUUGACCACACAUUGUUUUGGAAGUAGCAGCAAUAGCAGCAGUAGCUGCGCCGCAGCUUUAACGACGAGCCUUUCAAAUAAUCCGACACACAGUGGCAGUGGUGCCAGCGGUAGUAAUUUUGGAAAUAACAACGAAAUGCCACCGGAAACACGUCCGAAGAUGGUAACGGUAAAACAUCCAGAAUCUAACAAACCUAAGCCAACAACAAAGAAAAGUAAACCCAUACAAGCGGACCAGGAUGUAGUUAAAGCGCUACAGCGUUGUCGUGAAGAAGGUAUUAAACGCUUGGACCUGAGCAAGUCAUCAGUCACAGUUAUACCGACUUCAGUACGGGAUUGCAUACAUCUUACAGAACUUUAUUUAUACAGCAACAAAAUCAGUCAACUGCCUACCGAAAUAGGGUGUCUCAUUAAUUUGAAGACGCUCGCUUUAAACGAAAACUCACUAACUUCUUUACCAGAAUCGUUACAGAAUUGUAGGCAACUUAAAGUGCUUGAUUUAAGACAUAAUAAGCUUGCGGAAAUACCUUCGGUUAUUUAUCGUUUGCGUUCACUGACCACGCUAUACUUGCGUUUUAAUCGCAUCAUCGCUGUGGCAGCCGAUAUACGUAAUUUAACUAAUUUAACUAUGUUGAGUCUGCGUGAAAACAAAAUUAGAGAGCUGGGUUCCUCUAUUGGUGCAUUAGUAAAUUUAACCACACUAGAUGUGUCUCAUAAUCACCUUGAACAUUUGCCCGAAGAAAUAGGCAAGUGUGUAACUUUGAGUGCACUUGAUUUGCAGCACAACGAACUACUGGACAUACCGGAAACCAUUGGCAACUUGAAAAGCUUGGUUCGAUUAGGUUUGAGAUAUAAUCGACUUACAAGUAUUCCGGCAUCCUUGAAAAAUUGUAAAUUAAUGGACGAAUUUAAUGUCGAGGGCAAUGGUAUAACGCAAUUACCUGAUGGCCUAUUAGCGAGUCUUAGUGCACUCACAAAUAUUACACUAUCGCGGAACUCUUUUACCAGUUAUCCGACUGGUGGGCCUGCUCAAUUUACCAACGUCUACAGCAUUAACCUGGAACAUAAUCGUAUUGAUAAAAUACCAUAUGGAAUAUUUUCACGAGCCAAAGGACUCACAAAACUCAAUAUGAAGGAAAAUGUGCUUACUGCGUUACCUCUCGACGUAGGAACUUGGAUUAAUAUGGUCGAAUUGAAUUUGGCAACAAAUGCUUUACAAAAACUACCCGAUGACAUAAUGAAUUUGCAGAAUUUAGAAAUUUUGGUGCUAUCCAACAACAUGCUCAAAAAGAUCCCAAGUACCAUAGGUAAUCUGCGCAAACUGCGUAUUCUCGACUUGGAGGAGAAUCGUAUUGAAGUGCUGCCCAACGAAAUCGGGUUAUUGCACGAAUUACAAAAACUAAUUUUGCAAACAAAUCAGAUCUCUAUACUGCCGCGUAGUAUUGGUCAUCUCAGCAAUCUAACACAUUUGUCAGUUAGCGAAAAUAAUUUACAGUACCUGCCAGAAGAGAUUGGCUCGCUGGAGAAUCUUGAAAAUCUAUAUAUCAAUCAGAAUCCAUGUUUAGAAAAGCUUCCCUACGAACUAGCACUUUGUCAAAAUUUAAAGUAUCUAAACAUUGAUAAAUGUCCUUUAAGCACAAUACCACCCGAAAUACAAGCUGGCGGCCCAUCUUUGGUUCUUCAAUGGUUGAAAAUGCAUUCGCCCUAUAGGCAGAUGUGAGUUAGCAGCAUUGGAUAUGUCAGCGAUGGUGGGAGUACUCAAUGGCGUACAUUUUAUACGAGUAACGAUUGCUAUUUGGAAUUCCAGCUGGAAGCAGAGGCCGAGACGCAAAGACGCUAACAACGUCGUACUUGGAAAUGCACUAUCAUUUGAGAUUAAUACUUGCAAAUAUUGGAUGGUGCAUUUCCGACAAUUGUUGCCAUCGCAAAAUUAGUGUAUAAUAAGGAUAUAAAUACAUAUAAUAACAUAACAAUACCAAUUAUUAAUAAUAAUGUAUAUCUUUAAAACGAAAAUUGAAAACGACGAAUAUGUCGGGUGGAGUCUUGCAACUACUACGCGCAACUCACUCGCAGUAAUUAUGAAAACGAAUUGUAAACAAUAUUUUCUGUUGUAAAAAUUGUGUGAUGGUGAAACAAAAUAUAGCUUUAAAAAUGCUUCAGAAAUUGAUUGUUUUGUGAAGUGUGUAGUUGUAUACAAUUUCAACUAUUUGUAUGACUACUAACGAAUCAACAACCUAACAAAUAAAACAAAUAAAGUUCUAUUAAAUCAUAUAUGUAUGUAUAAAUCAGAAAAACGAAAUAAUGUUAUAAACACACAUACAUAUGCUUGUGAAUGUUAUAAAAUGUGUUGCUGUUAAUGGAGGAAGCAAAAAAAAAAAUUACUGCCUAAAUUAUGUUACACAUUACAAUGAAAGCAGCGGGGAAAACUUGAAAUGUGAACCCUUUGGGUGUGUUUAAUUGUUUUGUUUAAUGUGUGUAUUGAUCCUAAAAGAAAUUACGUUUUUGGUUUUAAGAAAGCAAGUGUGAGCUACACAUGCAUUUAUUUCAACGAACAAGAAUAUAUAGAGCUAUAGCUGUUAUGCAGACAAAAUGAUGCAUAUAAAAUUGCAAGAAAACCAUUUAGAUGUGUAUAAUUAAAAAUGUAUUGAUGUGUGUUGUGUUCUGUACCACUAGUAUUUUAUAUACAUAAUAAAGAUUUAAUUUGAAUCAAAA